GUGAACGCCGGGCACCUGCCAGGGCAGCCCCAGGUGUGAGCACCGUGCGCAGAGUCCUGGGAGCUGUGGGAGGCGUGCAGCAGCAGCAGGAUGGAGACCAAGCCAGCAGUGAAUGGCCGGGCUGUCCCUGGUGAAGUUGUGUCAGGGACAAACCACUUGUGCCAGGACGUGAUGCCGCGCAAGCAGCAAAAGGCAGCUGGCAGGGACGUGGGGCCGGAUGCUCCUGGGGAGCCCUCGGAGACAGCUGGCAGCAUUGCAGGCGUGUAUGUAGAGGCUUCAAAGAGGAUAAUGAGCUUCUAUGAGGCCACCAGAGAGCAUCUGCUGAGCCUGGAUUCAGCCCUGAGCCUCCUGGAGGCGCAGGCAGCCACGGGCUCCAUCUCCGACCCGCUGAGGAGCCGCCGUGUGCCCGUGGCAGAGGCCGUGAGGACGGGGCUGGUGGGGCUGGAGCUGAAGGAGAGGCUGCUCUCGGCUGACAGAGCCGCUACCGGCUUCCUGGACCCCUACACAGAGGAGAAAAUCUCGCUCUACCAGGCCAUGCAGAAGGAGCUGGUGGGGAGGGAGCAGGGCAUCCGCCUGCUCCAGGCCCAGGUGGCGACCGGAGGCGUCAUCGACCCGGCCACCGGCGCCCGGCUCCCGGCCCAUGUGGCCUGUGAGAGGGGGUACCUGGAUGAGGAGAUGAGCCAGCUCGCCUCUGACCCCGGCACUGAGGACAGCAGGGUGUUCCUUGACCCCAGCACCAUGGAGAAGGUCACUUACUCAGAGCUGAGGAAGAGGUGCACCGUGGAUCCGGCCUCAGGCUUCCUGCUCCUGCCACUGCAGAUCACAUUCCCAGGGAUGGGAGGGAGGGUGAGCAUCAGGGACCUGAUGGACUCUGGCAUCAUCAGCCCCGACGUGUUCCGAGGCCUCGAGGAGGGAGGAAUCUCUCCCCAGGAGGUGGCAGAGAAUGAGAUUGUUCAGCACUUUCUGCGUGGGACCAGGAGCGUGGCUGGGGUUGUCCUGCCUUCUGGGGAGCAGAAGAGCCUUUACCAGGCGCUGAGGGAGCAUCUCCUGGUGCCUGGGGCUGCUCUCAUGCUCCUGCAAGUCCAGGCCUCCACCGGCAGCCUGACAGACCCCCUGAAGAACAAGAACUACUCUGUGGACGAGGCUGUCAGGGUUGGUCUCAUUGGCCCAGAGCUUUACGAGAAGCUGUCCUCAGCUGAGAAAGCCGUCACUGGGUACAGGGACCCGUCCACUGGAGAAAUGCUCUCCCUGUUCCAAGCCAUCAGGAAGGGCUUUGUUCCCAGAGACCAUGGCCUCUGCCUCCUGGAGGCUCAGCUGGCCACGGGGGGUGUCAUCGCCCCGGGCAGGCACCUGCGUGUCCCCAUGGAGACAGCCCUGGAGUGGGGGUACCUGGACGAGGCCACCAGGCAACUCCUGUCCAGCCCAAAUGAUGACACAAAGGGGUUCUUUGACCCCAGCUCCAAGGAGAAGCUGAGUUAUGCAGAGCUGCUCCAGCGCUGUGUCACCGACCCCAGCACGGGGCUCCUGCUGCUGCCACUCCCUGGGGACAGCAGCGAAGGGUCCCAGGGCACACUCGGCUUCUUUGACCACAGGACCCAGACAGCUCUGGAAAACACGCAGGUGCCUGUGUCUGUGGGGAAAUUCAAGGGCAAGCCGGUGUCCCUGUGGAAACUGCUCUUCUCUGACUACAUCCAGAGCGAGCAAAGAGCUGCGCUGGCUCAGCAGUUCCUGGCAGGAGUGCUCUCCCUGCAAGGCUUGGGAGAGGCCGUCAGAGCCGCUGUUGAGGAAAAUGCUGCCACUGCCAAUGUCACCUUCAAGGGCCUGAGGGAGCAGGUGACAGCUGACCAGCUCCUGAGCUCAGAAAUCAUCAACAAAGACUUGUUCAAGAAACUCAAGGAGGGAGAAACGUCAGCCAAAGAGGUGGUGGGCAUGGACACGGUCAGGAAGUACCUGCAGGGCACAGGCAGCAUCGGGGGGCUGCUGCUCCCUGACUCCCAGGAGAAGAUCAGCAUCUACCAGGCGAAGCGCAAGGGGCUCCUCAGGCCAGGCACGUCUCUGAUCCUCCUGGAGGCCCAGGCUGCCACGGGGUUCGUCAUCGACCCCGCUGCCAACAAGAGGUACUCUGUGGAUGAGGCUUUGCGAGCAAACGUCAUCGGCCCGGACGUGUACGACAAGCUGCUGGCUGCGGAGAAAUCUGUCACUGGCUACCGAGAUCCUUACUCGGGGGACAAGAUCUCCCUGUUCCAGGCCAUGCAGAAGGAGCUGAUUGUCAGGGACCACGGCAUCCGCCUGCUGGAGGCCCAGAUCGCCACUGGUGGCAUCAUCGACCCCGUCAACAGCCACCGCAUCCCUGUGGAAGUGGCCUACAAGCGUGGCUACUUUGACAAGAAGAUGAAUUUAAUCCUCUCCGACCCCAGCGACGACACCAAGGGCUUCUUCGACCCCAACACCCACGAGAACCUGACCUACCUGCAGCUGAAGGAGAAAUGCAUCACCGAGCCCUCCACAGGGCUCUGCCUCCUCCCUCUGAACAGCAAGAAGAGGCAGUUCGUGGACGAGGCCACCAGGCAGGUGUUCAGGAGCUCCUGGCUGCCCGUCAGGUUUGGGCGCCUGCGGGGGGAGAAGGUCUCAGUGUGGGACCUGCUGAACUCCGAGUACUUCAGCGAGGGGAGGCGCCGGGAGAUUUUCAACCACUUCCAGCUGAGGAAGCUCAGCCUGGAGCAAAUCCGGCUCAUGCUGGAGGAGGAGAUGAAGAAAUGGGCCCCCAUCAAGUUCCCAGCCAUCAGAGGCAAUGUCAGCGCUUACCACCUGAUGGAAACCGGAGUCAUCGACAGGGCCCUGUUUGAGCAGGUGCUGGAGGGCUCCGUCACCCCAGAACAAGUCCUGCACAUGGACUCUGUCCGGAAGUACCUCUACGGCUCAGGCAGCAUCGGGGGGAUCGUGCUCCAGCCAUCCAACCAGAGAAUGAGCAUUUAUGAGGCCAUGAAGCAGAACAUCGUUGUUCCAGGAGUGGCCCUGCCCCUGCUGGAGGCCCAAGCUGCCACGGGCUUCAUUAUUGACCCCGUGAACAACCAGAAGCUCUGCGUGGAUGAGGCCGUCAAGGAGGGAGUCAUUGGGCCAGAUGUCCACGAGAAGCUGCAGCAGGCGGAAGGGGCUGUGACGGGCUAUAAAGAUCCUUUCACGGGCAAGAAGAUCCCCCUUUUCCAGGCCAUGAAGAAGGGCCUGAUUGCGGACAAGCAGGCCAUGCAGCUGAUGGAGGUGCAGAUGGCCACAGGAGGCAUCAUCGACCCAACGUGCGGCCACCACAUCCCCCUGGAGUCAGCCCAGCAGCGAGGCUGCCUGGAUGAGGACACCAGCAAGGCCCUCUCCAAGCCCAGUGAUGACCACAGAGUGUUCUGCCUGCCGGACAGCAAAGAGAGCGUGACCUACGCCGAGCUGAUCCAGCACUGCCACAAGGACGAUGUCUCUGGCUUCCACUUGCUGCCUCUGGCACAGGCAGCUGCUCCUGCCUACACCGACGAGCAAAUCCAACGGAUCUUCAAGGAAACCAUGGUGAAGGAAAAAGGAGUGUCCCUCUGGGAGCUCAUGCACUCGGGGUAUUUCACCAAGGAGCAGAGGAGCGACUUCGUGGAGAAGUUCCGGUCAGAGGAGCUGUCGCUGGAGCAGCUGGUGGCUCUGGUGCUCAGGCUGGUGGGGGAGAUGGAGAUGAAAGCCAGGACACAGAUCUCCCUGGAAGGCCUGAGGGGCAGUGUCCCUGUGGUCUGGUUGCUGGACACGGGCAUAAUUUCCCAGAAGACGUUUGAAGAACUGGCUCAGGGCGUAAGAACUCCCGAGGAAGUGGCUGAAAUGGAGAGCGUAAAGAGGUACUUGAAGGGCACAGGCAGCAUUGCUGGGGUCUUCAUAGAGGCAUCCAAAGAGAAGAUGAGCUUCUAUGACGCCAUGAAAAACAACCUCCUCCUCCCUGGUGCUGCUCUGAGGCUUCUUGAGGCUCAGGCAGCCACAGGGUACCUGACUGACCCUGCCACGAACCGGAGGCUCAGCUUGAGGGACGCCGUGAGAGCGGCCGUUGUUGGAGAGGAGCUGUCUGAGAAACUUCUUCAGGCUGAGAGGGCUGUGACGGGCUACACAGACCCCUACACCGGGGGCUCCAUCUCCCUGUGCCAGGCGCUCAGGAAGGAGCUCAUCCCCCUGGCAGAGGCCGUGCCCUUGCUGGAGGCCCAGCUGGCCACGGGAGGGGUGGUUGAUCCCACCCACCACCUCCACCUGCCGCUCCAGGCUGCCUACAAGUACGGCUUCUAUGACGAGGAGCUGAACCAAACCCUCUCUCAGCUGGAUGACAGCACCAAGAGCUUUUUUGACCCAAACAACAAGGAAAACGUGACCUACCAGCAGCUGAAGGACCGGUGCAUUCGCGAUGCCGAGUCAGGUCUGUGGCUCCUCCCUCUGUCAGAAAACGCCAUGUUCUGCGUGGAUGAACAGACCAUGAAGGUGCUGAAAUCUGUGACUGUUUGUGUCAAUGUGGGGCGGUUCAAAGGACAGACCGUGUCUGUCUGGGACCUCCUCAACUCUGAAUACUUCUCAGACAGCCAGAGAAGAGAGCUGGUGCAAAAGUACAAGGAUGAGAAGGCUGAGGUGCUGCAGGAAAUCACCACAAUUAUCACCACAAUCAUCCAAGAGACUGAGGCACAGGGCAAGAAGUUCGCAUUCAAGGGCCUCAGGAAAAGAGUUUCUGCCAGCGACCUCUUCCAGUCCCAGCUGAUUGACAAAAAAACCCUCGACGAGCUCAGCCAGGGGAAGAAAACAGUCAAAGAAGUGACUGAAAUGGAGUCUGUCCGCAGGUACCUGGAGGGCACUAAUUUCAUAGCAGGUGUCCUUAUCCAGCCAAGCAAUGAGAAGAUGAGCAUCUACCAGGCCAUGUGGAAGGGCAUCCUGAGGCCAGGGACCGCCCUGGUGCUGCUGGAGGCACAGGCAGCCACCGGCUACAUCAUCGACCCUGAGAAAAACAAGAAGUUUUCAGUGGAGGAAGCAUUGGAGGUGGGUCUGAUUGGAGGGGAGAUUUUUGAAAAGCUGCUCUGUGCGGAGAGAGCCGUGACGGGCUACACGGACCCCUACACCAAAGCCCCCAUGUCCCUGUUUGAAGCCAUGAACCAAGGACUGAUUGUGAAGAGCCACGGCAUCCGCCUGCUGGAGGCCCAGAUCGCCACUGGCGGCAUCAUCGACCCCGUGCACAGCCACCGUGUCCCUGUGGAGGUGGCCUACAAGCGUGGCUACUUCAACCAGGAGAUGAACCAGAUCCUCUCCGACCCCAGUGAUGACACCAAGGGCUUCUUUGACCCCAACACCCACGAGAACCUGACCUACCUGCAGCUCCUGGAGAGAUGUGUCCAAGACCCGGACACGGGGCUGUACAUGCUGCAGGUUGUAAAGGAGGGAGGAAAAUAUUUCUACAUUGAUGAGUCCACAAAGCAGGCUUUGCGCUCAAAGCCCCUUCAGGUGAAAGUUGGAAAGUUUAAGGACCAAACCGUUUCUGUCUGGGAAGUCCUGUGCUCUCACUACUUCUCAGAGCAGAAGAGGAAAGAGCUGGUGAUGCAGUACAAAAGCAAAAACCUAGCAUUGGAAGAGCUGAUAUCCCUCAUCUUAAAAAUCAUCGAGGACACAGAGCGAAGAGGAGAAGCCCUCAAGGUCAAAGGACUGCGGGGCGAGGUGUCGGUGUCAGAGUUGUUCAACUCCGAGAUAAUUGACAAGAAAACUCUGGAUCAGCUGCAGGACGGGAGUCUCACCCUUGCCAGCCUCACAAAGAGGGACACCAUCCAAAGGUACCUGGACGGCACUGGGUGCAUCGCCGGGGUUCUCCUCCCGCUGAGGAAAGAGGUGAUGAGCAUCUACCAGGCACUGAAGAAAGGCCUCCUCACUGAGCAGUGUGCCCUGGGGCUGCUGGAGGCACAAGCGGCCACCGGCUUCCUGGUGGACCCCCGGAGCCACCAGAAGCUCUCUGUGGAUGAAGCCGUGUCCUCUGGGCUGGUGGGCAGCGAGCUGCGCGAGCAGCUGCUGUCAGCAGAGAAAGCCGUGACGGGAUACACGGACCCUCAAACAGGGAAUAAAAUAUCUCUGUUCCAGGCUGUGAGGCAGAAGGUAAUAGUCAGGGAUCAGGGCAUCCGCCUGCUGGAGGCCCAGAUCGCCACUGGUGGCAUCAUUGACCCCUGGUAUGGCCACCGCCUGCCUCUGGAGGUGGCCUACAAGCGUGGGCACCUGGAUGAGGACAUGUUCCUCCUGCUUUCAGACCCAGACCACGGCAGCAAAGGAUUCAUAGAUCCCAACACUCACGAGAAGAUAAGUUACAGCCAGCUCCUGCAGAGGUGUGCCAAAGACAGGGAGAGCGGCUUCUACCUGCUGCAGGUGCUGGAAAAGGAAGGCGACUAUUUCUACAUUGAUGAGCAAACCAAAAACGCCCUGUUGUGCACAAAGGUCCAGGUGCCCGUGGGAAAAUACAAGGGACAGGUGUUGUCGCUGUGGGAGCUCCUCUGCUCUGAGUACAUCACAGAGGAGAAGAGAAAAGAGCUGGUGAAAAAGUACAAAGCAGAAUCCCAGCACAUUGUGCAAGGAAUCAUUGAGACAAUACUGAAGAUCAUCAGGGAAAAAGAAGAGGACAGAAGCGAUGUGUGGUUCCAGGGACUCCGACAGCAAAUCACAGCAUCAGAACUGCUCAGUGCACAAAUAAUUACAGAGGAAACAAUAGAAAAACUCCAGAAAGGCAAAGAGACGGCUCAAGAAAUAGCAAAAAUGGAGAGUGUGAGGAGGUACCUUGAGGGAACUGGAAGCAUCGCCGGCGUGCUGGUGCCCUCCAAGGCCGAGCCGGGUAAGAUGGAGAAGAUGAGCAUCUAUCAGGCCAUGUGGAAGGGUAUCCUGAGGCAGGGCACAGCGCUGGUGCUGCUGGAAGCACAGGCAGCCACAGGUUUCAUUGUUGAUCCAGUGAAGAACCAGAAGCUCUCAGUGGACGAGGCCGUGUCCUCUGGGCUGGUGGGGAGUGAACUGAAGAACAAACUUCUAAGUGCCGAGAGAGCCGUGACGGGCUACACCCACCCCUACACGGGACAAAAGAUGUCCCUGUUCCAGGCCAUGAAACAGGAUCUCAUCGUCAGGGACCAUGGCAUCCGCCUGCUGGAGGCCCAGAUCGCCACCGGCGGCAUCAUCGACCCUGUGCACAGCCACCGCCUGCCCGUGGAGGUGGCCUACAAGCGUGGCUACUUCGACCAGGAGAUGAGCCAGAUCCUCUCUGACCCCGGCGACGACACCAAGGGCUUCUUUGACCCCAACACCCACGAGAACCUGACCUACCUGCAGCUGCUGCGACGCUGCGUGCCCGACCCAGAGACGGGGCUGCUGAUGCUGCAGCUGAUGGACAAGGGCUCCGUGCUCUACCAGCUGAGCGAGGAUGCCCGCAGAGCCCUGCAGGCCGCCCGCACCACGCUGGCUGUGGGGCUCUUCCAGGGCCAGAGCGUCACCGUCUGGGAGCUCCUCUUCUCCCGCUACAUCCCUGAGCACCGGCGCCAGGAGCUCCUGCGCCAGUACAAGGCGGGGACAGUCACCAUUGCACAGAUGAUCGACAUCCUCGUGCAAAUCAUCACCAGAGAUGAGGCCCAGGGCCACAGUGACAAUGGAGUCCCAAAGGCCACAGAAAAGGAGGUCCUGCCUGAACCCAUCCAGAAUGGCAGUGCCUCAAAGUCCCAGAAGAAACAAGAACUAAACAGAGAGCAGGAGAAGGAGGAGGAGCUGGAGCGGUCCCUCAAGUCCCACACGGUGGAGGUCUCGGCAGGCGGCUUCCACGGCAGGAAGGUGUCCCUGUGGGAGCUGCUCUUCUCCAAGUUCGUGUCUGAGGCCAAGCGCCAGGAGCUGCUGGGGCGGCUGCGGGAUGGGAGCCUGGCGCUGGCCGAGCUGGCCACGCUGCUCACCCUGCUGGUGGAGGAGGCGGCGCAGCGCGGCAGCAGCGUGAAGUUCACGGGCCUCAGGAGGCAGGUGAGCGCCUCGGACCUGCUGGACUCAGGCAUCAUCGACACGGGCACGCUGGCCGACCUGGUGCAGGGCGCCAGGACCGUGCAGGAGGUGACGCAGAUGGCCUCGGUCAAGCGCUACCUGGACGGCACGGGCGUCAUCGCCGGCGUGCUGGUGCCCUCCAAGGCCGACCCGAGCAAAAUGGAGAAGAUGAGCAUCUACCAGGCCAUGUGGAAGGGCAUCCUGAGGCAGGGCACGGCGCUGGUGCUGCUGGAGGCCCAGGCGGCCACUGGCUUCCUGGUGGACCCGGUCAAGAGCCAGAAGCUCUCAGUGGAUGAGGCCGUGUCCUCUGGGCUGGUGGGCAGCGAGCUGCACGAGAAGCUGCUGUCUGCGGAGCGGGCCGUGACGGGCUACUCUGACCCCUACACGGGGGACAAGAUCUCCUUGUUCCAGGCCAUGAAGAAGGAGCUGAUUGUCAGGGACCAUGGCAUCCGCCUGCUGGAGGCCCAGAUCGCCACCGGCGGCAUCAUCGACCCUGUGCACAGCCACCGCCUGCCCGUGGAGGUGGCCUACAAGCGUGGCUACUUCGACCAGGAGAUGAACCAGAUCCUCUCUGACCCCGGCGACGACACCAAGGGCUUCUUUGACCCCAACACCCACGAGAACCUGACCUACCUGCAGCUGCUGCGACGCUGCGUGCCCGACCCGGAGACGGGGCUGCUGAUGCUGCAGCUGAUGGACAAGGGCUCCGUGCUCUACCAGCUGAGCGAGGAUGCCCGCAGAGCCCUGCAGGCCGCCCGCACCACGCUGGCUGUGGGGCUCUUCCAGGGCCAGAGCGUCACCGUCUGGGAGCUCCUCUUCUCCCGCUACAUCCCCGAGCACCGGCGCCAGGAGCUCCUGCGCCAGUACAAGGCGGGGACAGUCACCAUUGCACAGAUGAUCGACAUCCUCGUGCAAAUCAUCACCAGAGAUGAGGCCCAGGGCCACAGUGACAAUGGAGUCCCAAAGGCCACAGAAAAGGAGGUCCUGCCUGAACCUAUCCAGAACGGGAGUGCCUCAAAGUCCCAGAACAAACAGGAACUAAAGAGGGAGCAGGAGCAAGAGGAGGAGCUGGAGCGGUCCCUCAAGUCCCACACGGUGGAGGUCUCAGCAGGCGGAUUCCACAGCAGGAAGGUGUCCCUGUGGGAGCUGCUCUUCUCCAAGUUCAUGUCCGAGACCAAGCGCCAGGAGCUGCUGGGGCGGCUGCGGGAUGGGAGCCUGGCGCUGGCCGAGCUGGCCACGUUGCUCACCCUGCUGGUGGAGGAGGCGGCGCAGCGCGGCAGCAGCGUGAAAUUCACGGGCCUCAGGAGGCAGGUGAGCGCCUCGGACCUGCUGGACUCGGGCAUCAUCGACACGGGCACGCUGGCCGAGCUGGUGCAGGGCGCCAGGACCGUGCAGGAGGUGACGCAGAUGGCCUCGGUCAAGCGCUACCUGGACGGCACAGGCGUCAUUGCCGGCGUGCUGGUGCCCUCCAAGGCCGACCCGAGCAAGAUGGAGAAGAUGAGCAUCUACCAGGCCAUGUGGAAGGGCAUCCUGAGGCAGGGCACGGCGCUGGUGCUGCUGGAGGCCCAGGCGGCCACUGGCUUCCUGGUGGACCCAGUCAAGAACCAGAAGCUCUCAGUGGACGAGGCCGUGUCCUCUGGGCUGGUGGGCAGCGAGCUGCACGAGAAGCUGCUGUCGGCAGAAAGGGCUGUGACAGGCUACUCUGACCCCUACACGGGGGACAAGAUCUCCUUGUUCCAGGCCAUGAAGAAGGAGCUGAUUGUCAGGGACCAUGGCAUCCGCCUGCUGGAGGCCCAGAUCGCCACCGGCGGCAUCAUUGACCCUGUGCACAGCCACCGCCUGCCCGUGGAGGUGGCCUACAAGCGUGGCUACUUCGACCAGGAGAUGAACCAGAUCCUCUCUGACCCCGGCGACGACACCAAGGGCUUCUUUGACCCCAACACCCACGAGAACCUGACCUACCUGCAGCUGCUGCGCCGCUGCGUGCCCGACCCGGAGACGGGGCUGCUGAUGCUGCAGCUGAUGGACAAGGGCUCCGUGCUCUACCAGCUGAGCGAGGAUGCCCGCAGAGCCCUGCAGGCCGCCCGCACCACGCUGGCUGUGGGGCUCUUCCAGGGCCAGAGCGUCACCAUCUGGGAGCUCCUCUUCUCCCGCUACAUCCCCGAGCACCGGCGCCAGGAGCUCCUGCGCCAGUACAAGGCGGGGACAGUCACCAUUGCACAGAUGAUCGACAUCCUCGUGCAAAUCAUCACCAGAGAUGAGGCCCAGGGCCACAGUGACAAUGGAGUCCCCAAGGGCACAGAAAAGGAGAUCCUGCCUGAACCCAUCCAGAAUGGCAGUGCCUCAAAGUCCCAGAAGGAACAGAAACAGGAGCAGGAGGAGGAAGUGGAGCGGUCCCUAAAGUCCCACACGGUGGAGGUCUCGGCAGGCGGCUUCCACGGCAGGAAGGUGUCCCUGUGGGAGCUGCUCUUCUCCAAGUUCGUGUCCGAGGCCAAGCGCCAGGAGCUGCUGGGGCGACUGCGGGAUGGGAGCCUGGCGCUGGCCGAGCUGGCCACGCUGCUCACCCUGCUGGUGGAGGAGGCGGCGCAGCGCGGCAGCAGCGUGAAGUUCACGGGCCUCAGGAGGCAGGUGAGUGCCUCGGACCUGCUGGACUCGGGCAUCAUCGACACAGGCACGCUGGCCGAGCUGGUGCAGGGCGCUAGGACCGUGCAGGAGGUGACGCAGAUGGCCUCGGUCAAGCGCUACCUGGACGGCACGGGCGUCAUCGCCGGCGUGUUGGUGCCCUCCAAGGCCGACCCGAGCAAGAUGGAGAAGAUGAGCAUCUACCAGGCCAUGUGGAAGGGCAUCCUGAGGCAGGGCACGGCGCUGGUGCUGCUGGAGGCCCAGGCGGCCACCGGCUUCCUGGUGGACCCGGUCAAGAGCCAGAAGCUCUCAGUGGACGAGGCCGUGUCCUCUGGGCUGGUGGGCAGCGAGCUGCACGAGAAGCUGCUGUCUGCGGAGCGGGCCGUGACGGGCUACUCUGACCCCUACACGGGGGACAAGAUCUCCUUGUUCCAGGCCAUGAAGAAGGAGCUGAUUGUCAGGGACCACGGCAUCCGCCUGCUGGAGGCCCAGAUCGCCACCGGUGGCAUCAUCGACCCUGUGCACAGCCACCGCCUGCCCGUGGAGGUGGCCUACAAGCGUGGCUACUUCGACCAGGAGAUGAGCCAGAUCCUCUCUGACCCCGGCGACGACACCAAGGGCUUCUUUGACCCCAACACCCACGAGAACCUGACCUACCUGCAGCUGCUGCGCCGCUGCGUGCCCGACCCAGACACGGGGCUGCUGAUGCUGCAGCUGAUGGACAAGGGCUCCGUGCUCUACCAGCUGAGCGAGGAUGCCCGCAGAGCCCUGCAGGCCGCCCGCACCACGCUGGCUGUGGGGCUCUUCCAGGGCCAGAGCGUCACCGUCUGGGAGCUCCUCUUCUCCCGCUACAUCCCCGAGCACCGGCGCCAGGAGCUCCUGCGCCAGUACAAGGCGGGGACAGUCACCAUUGCACAGAUGAUCGACAUCCUCGUGCAAAUCAUCACCAGGGCUGAGGGCCACAGUGACAAUGGAGUCCCCAAGGGCACAGAAAAGGAGAUCCUGCCUGAACCCAUCCAGAAUGGCAGUGCCUCAAAGUCCCAGAAGGAAGAGAAACAGAAACAGGAGCAGGAGGAGGAGCUGGAGCGGUCCCUCAAGUCCCACACGGUGGAGGUCUCGGCAGGCGGCUUCCACGGCAGGAAGGUGUCCCUGUGGGAGCUGCUCUUCUCCAAGUUCGUGUCCGAGGCCAAGCGCCAGGAGCUGCUGGGGCGGCUGCGGGCUGGGAGCCUGGCGCUGGCCGAGCUGGCCACGCUGCUCACCCUGCUGGUGGAGGAGGCGGCGCAGCGCGGCAGCAGCGUGAAAUUCACGGGCCUCAGGAGGCAGGUGAGCGCCUCGGACCUGCUGGACUCGGGCAUCAUCGACACGGGCACGCUGGCCGAGCUGGUGCAGGGCGCAAGGACCGUACAGGAGGUGACGCAGAUGGCCUCGGUCAAGCGCUACCUGGACGGCACGGGCGUCAUUGCCGGCGUGUUGGUGCCCUCCAAGGCCGACCCGAGCAAGAUGGAGAAGAUGAGCAUCUACCAGGCCAUGUGGAAGGGCAUCCUGAGGCAGGGCACGGCGCUGGUGCUGCUGGAGGCCCAGGCGGCCACCGGCUUCCUGGUGGACCCGGUCAAGAACCAGAAGCUCUCAGUGGACGAGGCCGUGUCCUCUGGGCUGGUGGGCAGCGAGCUGCACGAGAAGCUGCUGUCGGCAGAAAGGGCUGUGACAGGCUACUCUGACCCCUAUACGGGGGACAAGAUCUCCUUGUUCCAGGCCAUGAAGAAGGAGCUGAUUGUCAGGGACCACGGCAUCCGCCUGCUGGAGGCCCAGAUCGCCACCGGCGGCAUCAUUGACCCUGUGCACAGCCACCGCCUGCCCGUGGAGGUGGCCUACAAGCGUGGCUACUUCGACCAGGAGAUGAACCAGAUCCUCUCUGACCCCGGCGACGACACCAAAGGCUUCUUUGACCCCAACACCCACGAGAACCUGACCUACCUGCAGCUGCUGCGACGCUGUGUGCCCGACCCGGACACGGGGCUUUAUUUCCUCAAUAUUGUUAGAAAAUAAUUGGAAAACCUUUUUAUUUUUUCCUUGUUUUUGCCUUGGGGAAGAAUGUUGCUAUUGUGUAUAA